UGCAGAGCGUAGGUAAUGCUGUGAUUUGAUCAGAAGCAGAAAAAAAUAAAACAUUAGCCUAAUGAACACAGGAAUGGCUCAUUUAUCAAGGCUCUAGCAGAGAAAAUGGGCAGGAAACAGAGCCUAGGUGGUGCCACCUACCUUACUCUCAAUCAGAUCGCUCUCUCCACCAGUAUGGACCAUUUACUCACUGGAAGGGCAUUUAAUAGGUAUUUAAAAGUGUGAAACAGAGACCAGUCUUUCGCCCACCUGUACGAUAUCCUUUUUUUUAAAAAAAAUUAAAAUUAAAUCAACUCUGUCGGUACACAGAGCACUUAAAGCUCAUGGGAUUCUUCGUGCCGCCCUCGCAGAUCCUGCUGCACUCAGCACCCGGAGGUUGCUUUGCCGUAUGAAGAAAAUGUACUUGAAUUUUCAAAACAAGUCAUUUUGGGAAAGCCUGCAUUUAAAAAACGGCCUUGAGGACUGGGAUAUGGCAGAGGAGCUCACACUCACCAUCGCUGCUGAAGACUUUCUGCAAGAACCCAGCGUUCAGCCCCACCUGUGGAUGUGGGUAAACCCCAGCCUGGUCUGCCCCAUCCCCGGGAGACCUGGCGUAAACCCGGCCAGAUCCGACAGCCCGAUGGCCUCGGUUGCUGGUGCCAUGGAAACCUCCUCUCCGAACACAUCCUGGGACUACUCGGACCCGGGCUGCUCCAAGGAGGGUGUGCUGUCAUCCUCCAGCAAGGCUGGAAAGCUUACUGAGGAUGAAGAUGCUUUACGUGUGAACAUCCCAGUUCCUCAGGAGAUGCUGGAAAAUCCCGACCUCAGGGCAAUGCUGAUGCCUCGGAAAUCCACAGUCCUCAGACUUCAGAGCGUGACGCUCAGGUGCCCCAGGCAGACGAGCACCAAAAUCGAGGGAGGCUGGCCCCGUCCUCCCCUUAAUUACUGCAUCCUCAUCACCCUCGCCCUGUGCAACAGCACAAGUGGCAGUCUGACCGUACAGCAGAUCUACCAGUUCACACGGCUGCACUUCCCAUUUUUUCAAACGGCCCCAGAGAGCUGGAAAAACACGAUCCGACACAACCUGUGCUUCAGCAGCUCCUUUGAGAAAACGACCGGCUGCAUGUGCGGUGAGGGAAACCGCAAGUCCUGCCUGUGGAAGCUGACUCCAGAAGGGCACAGGAGGUUUCAGGAGGAAGCGCAGGCUCUGCCCAAAGAGGCUCUCGACUUGGUGUGCCAAAGCAUGAGGGAACCACGUACGUUUCAGAGGGCAGGAGCCCCACAAAAUGCAGAGCGAGCCAGCCUGUACAAGAUUCCCACGGUGGGAGGGACAGAGGUGGGCGCCCAAGCCAGUAUACAGCCACCAGCACUGCCAGGCGUGAGGUCUAGGAGACGAUACCAGACACUCAAGAGAUCCCCCCACAAGCGGGGCUCGGUCACCAGGGUGGCCAAGAGCCCUUCUUUCGUGAAACCAACAUGGUGAGAGAAAUAAAG